AUGAAAUCUCACCGCCUCCGGUCACUCUGCUGCUGGGCGAUCGAUCUCAUCGAUAUCCGGCCUGUCGUGUCUGACCAGACGAUGCCAAUUCACCCAAAAAAGGACAAAGUGGCCUUUAUUCCUCAGUGGAAACUGCACCGCUGGCUGCUCUUCUACGGCUGCAUGGUCUUUACCAUUCACCACCUAUAUGUAUGGUGGGCUGGUCAAAACCUGAGUGCAAUGUCGGCGUUUGCUUUCUAUAGCAUAUCACACGGUCUGAUCAGCCUACAUGGUCUCCGAAUAUUAUGCCGUCUAGGGGAUUAUCUGGGAUACCUUGAGGAAUGGAAGCGUCCACGCGAUACAGUUCCCGAAAAAAGAGUCCAGAAGGUUCUGGGUGGCCUGUUAUUCAUGUAUUUUCUGCGUCCCAUUCUCCCGUUUACACUCAGUUAUCGUGCGGAUAAACUCCCUCUUUCCAUCAACUGGUGGUGCCUGCCACUGGUGAUCAGCAUCUAUAGCAUCGUGCUAGACUUUUGGUUCUACUGGUACCACCGUCUCAUGCACGAGGUGAGCUUUCUGAGACGAUAUCAUCGCGCUCAUCACGACUCCAAAAGCCCGACCUCCUUACUUCUCGUGUAUUUCGAUGCCGAGGAAGGCUUCCUAAAUAGUGUUGUCAUCCCACUCCUUGCCUGGCAGACUCUCCGAACCAUAGGCCUGCCCAUGGACUUUUACGAGUGGUGGGUGUGCAAUGGAUAUGUGGCAUUUGCAGAGUUUGCCGGACACGGCGGCGUCCGGUUUUAUGCGCCCGCGCCCUUGCCCUGCACCGCCGUCUUGAAGUACUGGAAUGCCGAAAUCAUCCCAGAGGAUCACGACAUCCACCAUCGCCUUGGUGAGCGGGAGAACUUCAACUAUGGGAAGCAGACACGUCUGUGGGACCGGAUCUUUGGUACAUGUCACGAUCGCAUUGAGUGUAUCGAUGGAAACAUUGAUUAUGAGAAUCCGGUUACUUUGCCACUCUUUUGA